CUGAUGCACAUCCACUAAACUCUGCACAGAGAAGCACCCUGCAGACAGCGAAUGCUCAAUCAACUGGAUUUUUCAUCUCACAAGAUUCCUCAUUUGGUAAUUUAAUACUGCCAGUAUUGCCAAGACUAGACAGCUGCAAAUAAUGUGGCCAUGCAUGAAGUUGAGACAUCUCGAGGAGCUGCUGCAAGGUGUUGAGGAGUUCCACAAGCCUAAAGUUCAAUUGGAGCAGUAUAUUACACCUUCACAUUUGGGAUCACAUAUGUUAUAUACCAUUCAAAGUCAAUAUGGGGAUUUUGCUGGGAAGGUAGUUGCUGAUUUGGGUGCUGGAUGUGGAGCAUUGUCAAUUGGUGCAGCUGCUUUGGAUGCAGCACUUGUUGUAGGCUUUGAGGUGGAUGCAGAUGCUUUAGCGAUCCUGGCAACUAAUCUGGAAGAGCAAGAGAUCACCAAUUGUGAUGUGGUUCACUGUGAUGUUGUAAGGGAUAUUCCAGACAGUUUUAAUCGUAAAUUUGAUACGGUAAUAAUGAAUCCUCCAUUUGGCACCAACAACGCUGGGAUUGACAUGAAAUUUCUCGAACGUGCUCUAAAACUCACUACUAAUGUUGUUUACUCGUUACAUAAAACAUCUACAAGAAAUCAUGUCUUGAAAGUGGCAAAAGCAGCCGGUGCUGAUGGGGAAGUUCUUGCCGAAUUACGAUAUGAUUUACCUUCAACUUACAGGUUUCACAAAAAGACUUCAGUGGACAUCCAGGUUGAUUUUAUAAAAUUCACUUUGAAGCACGAUGAAGUGUUGUGAAGGCCAGUUUACAUUUGAAUCUUUUAUACCUAAAAUUAAAUUUUAAAACUUCAAGAAA